UAAACUCUCUCCACUCACAGUCACAGUCGCAACCCCCGCUGAAAAUGUCCUCGGAUUUCGAGGUGUACGAGCAGGAUUUCGGGACCUUGACGGCCGACAUCACCAAUAAAGUGGGGAGGAUACCGAAGUUAUCUGGAGAUGACAAGAAAGGUAUGGUUACAAAUGUGGAAAAGCAAAUGGAAGAAGCUCGGGAACUGCUCGAACAAAUGGAUCUUGAGGUGCGUGAGAUACCAUUGCAGAGCCGUGGCCUGUUGAGCACUCGAAUGAAGAGUUACAAGCAAGAACUGGCAAAGCUUGAUAAGGACUUUAAAAGGUCACGGAUCGCCUACAGUGAUGAGGUAAACCUGCGAAAUGAGCUCCUAGGGGAUGAUGGGAAUACCACCGAGAACCAGUUGAUAAAAUUGCGUGAAGAGAAAGCAUGCCUGUUGGAUAAUACAGAGCGGUUGGAAAGGUCAACACGGAGACUGGAGGCUGGAUAUCAACUGACCGUUGAAACUGAACAAAUUGGACAGGAGAUUCUGGAGAACCUCCAUCAUGACAAAGAAAAGAUUCAACGAGCUCGGGAAAGACUGCGUGAAACUGAUACAAACCUUGGUAAGAGCUCCAGGAUCUUGACAGGAAUGUUGCGAAGGUAAGGUCAAGGAUCAUCCAGAAUCGGAUCGUCGUGUUUAUCCUGGGCGCCAUCAUUCUCCUCUCCAUUGUGCUGGCCAUUUAUUUUGCUGUCAGAGGCCACUGAUACGUCUCUAUUCUUCUGUGAUUAAUAACGACAAACUGCUUGUUCAGUGUAAUUAGGACAAAUUGGUCACAUGAAUCAUCUUCUUGCACUGACAGAUUCUUCUCCACUGACUCAAACAGUGUAAAAAAAAUUUUUUUUUUGUGUCAUUGUUUGCUUGUGUCUUCUUGUUCUUGAGAAAGUGACUUGGAUUUUUAGUGAAACUGGGAUCGUGUGGACUUCUUGAUUGUUCAGCGCUGGAAGAAGGGGGGGGGGGGGAGUGGAAUCAUUUUAAGUCUUGUGAUGGGGUUGUAUGUUGGUGCACUACAGGCCUUUGUAUAUGUGUGUAAGAUCUGCCAACAGCUUGCAGGUUAUAUCUACAGAGGAUAAAUGAUGGGGAACUGUGGUUAGCUGUGAAAAAAAAAUACACAGUGACGCACUGACAUGCACAGCUUCCAGGUCCAAAGGACAAGUGGAUUGCCUAUUUCCUGUCUUCACAUUGGUUUAGGUUUUAGAUACACACCUAAUUAAUUAUUGUGACACUCCCUCUUUCACAAAUGCAUCAUGUAACAUUAUGGAAAUUACACUCAAGUGCAAAAUAAAUAACUGGAAAUAAAUGGCUAACCUAUGGGCUUUACUUGCAAUACUGAUAAUGUGAAAAAUAAUUAAAAGAUGCAAAGCAAGAAUUUAACUAAAUUUGAUCUUGAAGGCUCCUGCUACAGUUUUAAACGCCGCAUGUAAUGUCAGAGAACGGAGAGCAUGCCUGACGUCAGUCCAUAGCAAUAUGAUGAGGAGUAUUUGAUAUUCUGUUUAAGGCAGGCUGAAUUGUCUUAUUUUGGAACUGACUUGGUGGGGGGCUUUCUUUGCUUUUGCUUCAGAACUGAGAGCUUCAAAGACAGAAAUUAACAGUGAACAAAAUUGUGCAGAUCUGACCGUCCCCAUGUGGGUAGAACCCAUUGAGGUUAUCAUUAUCUUAAAUUCUACCAAUUCCGCAAACCUCAUCAGAUAAUGACCUCUAUAGUUUUUCAUUACCAUGGCAGCACAGAUUGUCUAGCCCACUGUAAAAAAAAAUUGCUCUCUUCACUAUACAUUUUUUUCUCUUUUUUUUAAACCUGUCAGAUCAUUUCAGUAUUUCAAACCUGAAGAAAACAGCCUGCCUGGAAAUGUAUUUGAAGUUGUAAUAGUGUCAAAAAGUCACAGUUGACUGACAGAUGUCAGUCCCAGUGGACCUCAUUAAAUCAUAAAAACUUGACAAGGAAAUAAUUGUGCAUCACCAACAACCUGGCUACUGUUUAAACAUUUUAUUUUGUUUCAUUAUUAGGAUCAACUAUUUUGUUCAUUAAGAAAUUGCAUUAAACAACAGUUUUGUGGCUAAUGA